AUGUUGGCGAUACUGGUUGUAAUCCAGAUAUUUGGGUUUCUAAACGCAUACAACUUCGAAGAUUGUAUAGGAAAACCACAAUGUGAGUUUUUAUUCAAAUAAUACCUGUUUUCAUUCAUCAAAAAACAAGAAAAUUCCAGCUCUUGCGCAAGUUCAUAAAAUAAGCGGAAAGCUUCAUGCCUAUUCACUCGACUAUUUCCAUCAACAACGUUUACCUUAUGGACCGAUGUACGCAUUUACCGAUGUUUUUCUUCAAACAAAUUUAACCGAUCCGGACUCGUAUUCUUUUUAUCAAGGAGAAAAUUGUUCAACAGUUUUGGCUCAUUACGAAAAUGAUAAUCGUUAUUUUGGAUUAUGGAAAAGGGCGGCAAUGAUGAGAUCACAUCAUUUAAGUCCUUUCAAUGAUACAAUCAUUGGUGUAUCAACAUCUUUGCCAUAUGAAAUAUCAGUGCAGAUUUGGAGUGAGUUUCAAGUAUCAAAAUUGAGACUCAUAUAAAUUUAUGGUUUCCAGAGGUCAACAUCAUUCGUCUUUCUGUUUUUGUUGGUGCCGUUGUUCUAUUUUUACUUGCCAGUACACUCGUCAGAAAUGUAGUAUUCUAUUAUACAAGUGGAUGCUCUUUCGGUAUUCUGGCUUCUCUUCUUCUUGUUGCAUUUAUUGUUUGGCGAGUAGCACCCAAAAAAACUAUUGGAGUACCUAUUUUGAUUGGUGGAUGGUCGGUGUCUCUUUAUAUGUUGCAUUUCGCUUGGUCAAAUCUUCAAAGUAUUCUUGUCGAAUAUCAAAAAUAUGUUAUUGGUUAUUUUGUAAGUUGUUUUCGUGUUCUUAAAGUAAAUCUUAAAAUGUUAAUGAUUCUUUUGUAGACCACAGUUUUGCUGAUUUCUCUCGCGGUUUGCUAUAAACGUGGUCCUCCAACAGAUGCUCGAUCUCAUGACAUCGCUCAAUGGACACUUCAACUUCUCGCUCUAACUCUCAUCUAUUUCUCAUCGCAAGUCAUCGAAGUCACAGUGGCCACCACAAUUGUGUUAUUGGUGCAUUAUUUCUCGCGUGGAUAUAUGUUCAAAGGAAUUAGAUGGUAUUUCGUUGGAUUGGGAACUUUCUGGUCAAGGAUUUUCCCAAAAUCUCGCAAAUUUUUAACGGAAGAAGAGUAUGAAGAAGAAGGUCGUAGGACAACUCGAGAACAACUCGAUUUGCUCAAACAAUAUUGCCAGAAUGAACGAAAUCGUCCGUGGAAAUUGGCUGCAAAUGUGAGAUCAGCAAGACGGUAAGAAUAUUUUCCAAAAUAUCAGAGCGACAAGAAAUUCACGUGGAAUCAAGAAAAUUAUCUUGAAAUUCAGCUCAAAUCUCAAAAGCAGCUAUAUUUUCAAACAUUCCUGACGGUAUUUCAAGACUAUAAUUUUAUCUCCCGUUUUCCCGUUAACUUCUAAAUCUAAAAAUACUAUUAAAAAUUCCUCUAAAGUAACAGGCUGGCUCGAUUUGUCGAAGGCGAAGAUGGGCAUGUGACGGAAGAUGAAAGAUAUGCACACGAAUUGACCGCCGACUUAUUAGAUCGAAAUGAAUUUCAUGAAGAACCUCAUAGUUUUUACGAUAACGAAGAAGAGGAAGAAAAUGACGGAGAAUGGGAUGAAGUUGUUGUUCUACGACGUGGAAAUUCAAGAGGUUCAACAGUUCGAACAGUUCGUGUUCCAUCAAAUGUAACAACUCGUCUUUUAUCGCCAUAUGAAAGAGCCAACAAAACGUAUAAUUCUGGAUAUGAAAGAAGAGAAGGCGAUUAUGCGGAGCUAGGAGACCGAAUGUUCCCGGAAUUGGCAGUUUCUCAAGAAAGAAGACCGAUGACAGAAGUUCGUCCGUCGAGAAAUCAAAAGGAACAAGUUCCACGGCGAUUUGAUAGAGAGGAAUUGGAGCAAGUUAGAGAGCAAUUAAGAGAAAGAAAGAGGCAGACAGAAAGAGAAGAAGCGCGUAUAUCUAGGUAAUUAUUAAACUUUAUCUUUAUUAAAAAAAAAUAUUCAUCAACUAAAUGUAAAAGUAGCUCACAUCAUUUUUUAAAACUCACUUUAAUUUAUAAUUUUCCCGACUGAUUUGAACUGAAGUACAAUUGCAAAAUGACCGGAAAAUUCAAUUAUGUAUUGAAAAAAAUCUAAUAAGAUCAGAUAAGAAACGUGAACUGGCUAAAUUAAAUAUUUGGAAAGAACACGUGAACAUUUCGAUUUUUAUUCGAAAUACUAAUUCGUGUCUAUACUCUCAAUUUUCGUUGUCUUCAAUCGACCCGUAAAAAUUUAAUUCAAUUUUCAGUGCUCGUUCAUCUCGCCGCUCCUCUAUCUCUACCACAAAUCAGCCAACAACAUCUCGAAAAUCAUCAUCCAGCAUAGUUUCAUCGUCAGAAAGUGGUAAAAUUUCGAAAAAAUCACCUAGGAAAAAUUUGUUGCCUUCAAGGCGAAGAGCGGUCAUCGAAUCCGACUCGGAAUAG